AUGUUUAACUUUUUCAAACGUUCAAAGUCGCAAAAAUCAAAACAAAAACUGCAACUGCAGCCGUCACACGGCCACGGGGAUGCAUCGCAGCAGGCAGUGCCAGGCGCGUGCGUGGCGAAUACCUUGGAGACGCAGCGGCCCGUCGUCGUGCGGUCGUCGACGGUGCAGCACGUUCAGGGCGGAGAUGUGGCCAGCCGUUGUAAGGUGGACCGAACCGGUGCGCCGAACGGAAGUGGCGAAGAGGGUGGAAGUAUUAAAAAUAAGCAACAUUCAUCGCCGACUGCCGUGGCCAGCAGCGGUUUCAUCAGUCCGAGUGAUAUAAUCCACGAGAACGGUUGCUCGUUCGGUUUGCAGGACGGCGACAAUGCGAUCGAGUUCGUCGACGGCGAGGAGGAGGUAGACGAAACCGUGAUCGAUGAGUGCGUGCAGCCACGGCGCGAACAUUUUCUGCCACUUGAAGCACGGGGGGAACGGAACGAUUCGACAUUUGAGCGAUCGACUAGUUACAAUCAAAGUGCGAACCUGAUCGAAUGUGAUAUGGCGAAGGGAAGAAACAAACGACGCUAUCAGCAACAGCAGCAGCAGCAGCAGCAACAGCAAGGUGGUAAAAAUUCAAAUCAACAGCAGCAAGGUCAGAAACAGUCAGGUCAGAAACAAACCACAAAUAAAGAGAGUAACUUGCUGUUGAAAAAGACCGAAGAAAGUUCGGGAAAGUUCGAUAAAGUGGAUGGUGGCAAGUUGUUUGUGAUUCGCCCGGAAAAUGUUAAUCCAACCCCAUCUUCCAAGGACAAUAAAAUUAUUCCGAACGAAGCUCGAACGAAGGUGACAACCGCUGGCGAAGAUGCAACUUCGAAGCAACGGCCCUGUCUCAUGGUCGGUGACGUCAAUGGUGAAAACGUUGCGGAUCGCGAGGAUAAAAAUAGUAUCGUGUUGUGCUCGGACACUAACAAGCCCUCAUCUGACAGCCGUGUUGAUGGUGCGAAUAUAUUGACAGGCAAGCCUACUGCGACUGCGCCGCCGACGGCGACGUCACAGUUGCCGUUAACGCAAACUACAAACCCAUCGCCACCCGUCGGUGUUUGUAAUGGUGCCGGUUCCGUCGUUAGUGAGUUAUUAAGCUGCAUCAAUAGCAGCUCAUCAGUAUCAUCACAGUGUCCUGUAGGGGAAGAUCUUCGUUCUAGUUCUGGUACCGGUGCCGCUGGCAUUAAAGAUGAUCUGCGCCAAUCGCCCACCAGUAGUGAACUUGUAACUAGCAAAGACGUAACAUCCAACAAGGAAAUGGGCCAGCAGCCAAGUAAGACAAGUGAUUCGGCGAACCGCAGCAGCCGACGAUCAAUUACCCCAACGCAACAUCAUCAGCCUACUGCGGUUUUGUCCCAGCUGGUGCUACCGCCCAAGAACGAUGUUUUUCGGGACGAUUCCAGCGACGAUCGAGAUGUCUUCUAUGAGACCACCGAAUCCGUAUCGACCCCAUCUCCAAUUACAACCUCCGUGGAUGAUAAAACCUCGUCUCCGUUUGAUUCGGUUGCCGUCCCAAAAGACUUUACCGGCGAAUCAAAAAUUAAUCCAAAGAAACGAGUAGUGUUUAGUGAUCAAUUAGUUGUAGAUGGAAACCCAUCUCCUGAGCGCGAUUCACGCAAAGUUUUCGCCAGCGAAAACGCGUUAAAUUUAGAUCCGUUGAUUUAUGAACCAGUUGCGAAAAAUAAUGAUGAGCACAUGCAUGCAGCAUCAUCUCCACCCGGUUCGCUUGUGAAUAACAACCUCAUCAACGGUGUAAACGUUGUGCUCAGUGUAGGUAGUGAACAACAUGCAUUUAACAGUGAUAGAAGUGGCAUUUCAGUUAGUGUUCCCGCGACAAUCAUUGCCAAAGCCAAGCUAAUCGAUUUCAAAUAUGACAACAGUGAACCCAUUAACGGUGGCAGCCACAAUGGCUUCCACAAGGAAGAAAAGGAAGCACCGGAAGCACAGUUUACGUUGAUCGAGCCCGACAGCAAGGAGGCGACGCCCGUCAUCAUGGAAAACGGCAUCAGUGCCGAGCUGAUCGUAGAAGAUCUGAUCAGCCUACCGGACGUGGUGCAGCCGACCAGCAUCGAGAAGACCGCCAAGCAGCCGUUCAACACAGUUGAUAAGAUCAACAGUGAAAUGAAAGAGCUGGUGAAUCAGGAAUCGCGCUACAGCGCCAAACUCGAGGAUGCCGAGAAGCGGUCAAGUGAGGCGCAGACGAAGGUGUACGAGCUGCAGUUACAGCUGGACGAGGCGCAACGGGAAAUUUCGUUGAAGGAAUGCAACGUUGAACGUCUCCAAGCCGAACUGGAUGCAGCGUGCAGGGAAUGCGAAAGCAUUCAGGUACGGCUGCGAACGCAGAAUGCCAAUAUGGACGCAUUAAGACUGAAAUUCUCCGACAAGGAGGAUGAGUUAAAUCUUAAGUAUCAGAAUUUAGAGAUAGAAUUAUUAGAGGUAAACGAAAAAUUGAAAGAAGUGCGCCAGCUGGCGCACGAUUUGAACCGCCAGUUGCUGGAUGCUAAAGCGGACGCCGAAAAGCUCCAGCAGGAGCGAAACAAACUACUGGAAGAGCGCGCCGAGGAGCAAAAGAUCAUCAAGGAAGCACUGGAGGCGGCACUGAAGGAGCGCCACCAGGUGGAUGCCAAGUGGAAAAAUGACUUCGAGCGGCUGCGUACGGUACAUUCGGACCGGGAAGAGCAUCUGAUGGAGGACUGUGAGUGGAAGAUUCGAUCGAUGCAGAAACACUGCAAGGAAAAGCUGGAGUCUGCCGAACGGGAGCGAAAGGUUGCCUUGGAUAAUGCCGUCAAGUUGGAGCAGGAAUCGAGGAAACAUUUGCAGGAGGCUAAACACCUCCGAUCGUAUGAGACUGAGGUUGCCCAGCUGCGAGGACUUACCUACGAUCAACAGCAAGCUCUAACUGCCAUGACACGUCAGCUGGAUCAUCUGAAAUCCGAGCUGGAAGUAGCGAACAAUAAGCUCGAAGCCGAAAUCGUUAAAGUUCAACAGAUCAAAAGUCGGUGUGAAUAUCAAUUGUGUGAAAAAGAGCGCGAAGCGCUCAAUCGUAUCGAAAUUGCCCGUGGGGAAAUUGCCAUGCAAUGGGAGGAUCGGCUGUUGCACGAGAUGAACCGGCUUAAGAUCGAGCUGGAGCAGAUGCACAUCGAAGAACGGUUAUCAGCGAUUGAGAAAAUCAAACGGGAAGCACUGCAAGAGACGGAGGCACUCUCGCACAAGUUUAACAUGCGGGAAAAGCAGCUGAAAGAGGAAAUCGACACGCUGAAAGCCAAACUAAUAAGGCAAAAACAAGCGAUGGAGGAUGCCCAAACGGAAGCAGACGCAAGGCUAGUGCAGUCCCGAAUGUUUGUAGAGCGAGCGGAACGCGAGCAUGAGGCGGUCCUUGCCAGGGAAGUUGGUAAACGAGAUGAAAUUAUUGAGAAUCUGAAGGAACAAUACGAGCGGGAAAAGCAGGAAAUGGAGCAGCACUUUAGCCUUAGGAUACAGCAGGUGCAAGAGGAAUUUGCACGGGAACUUUCGGACACAACCGAACUGUUGAAGAUUUCCCACAAGAGAGAAUUAGAAAAACAAUGGAAACAGCUCGUCAGCGACAAGGAGGAGGCCCUCCAGCAGAUGGAAUCACGACACCGAACACGAAUGGACGAGGCUGAAAAUAAAAUCAGAGAGCUCAAAGUCGGCCAUCAGCGGCAACUGAAGGACCUGCAGGAGGAGCACCGGUUCGAGGUGAACAGCCUGGAGACGCGCGAUAUGAAGAACGCCCAGGAAAUCCAAACCCUGCACAAAAAAUGUCGAUGUCUAACGAAUCUUUUCGAGGAAAUGCGAAUGCGAUACGAACGCCGUGAGCCUCGGCGGGAAGACCUGCAGCAGAUCGAGGAACUGAAGAGUGUCAUCGAGUCGCAGGAUCGGGAUUUGCGGCUUCUUACGGAGCGACUGCGUGAAAUGCAACUCCAGGAGGAGGAAUUCCACCAGCUGCAGAAGCGCUUUCAACAGCUGAAUCCCCCGCAACCUCCGAGGAGGGCAAAAAACCAUCGUGGAGGCAAACAGUACAACCAGACCAACCAGUCGGACAUACCGGCGGCGGUGCUGGAACACGAUCAGGAACUCCAAAAGGAGGUGAUGCAGCAGCAGCAGCCUCAGCCAGUUCCGCAGAUUACUACUUCCGUUCCGAUUGUAUGCGAUGUGAUCUACGAAGAGAAUGAAGCGGACUUAAUUAAAGAAGAAGAAGAGGAGGAUGAGGUAGAAGAAGAAACCGCUAAUGAUGGUGAGGUUGAAAACGAAGGUGAAGAGCUGAUAGUCGUCCUUCCGGAAUCGGCGAUUCUAACCGAAACUACGGAGAUUCAGUCCACCGAACCGAUGAUAAUUGAAACCCCGCCCAAUUCGCCAUCCGUGGUUUUAGAAGAGAAUAAUCAGUCCGAAGCUGCUGAAGAACAAAACUCGGACCCUGUCGGGCAGCCAGAAGUGGUGGUCGUGAUAGAAAGCGAUCAACUGCCCGAACCGGAAAAGCCAAUUCCCCUAACGACUCCUACCAUUGUUAUCACCGCAGAUCCAACAGCGGAGGCAGAUGACUCCGACGACGUGUCGAUAUGCACCGUUGUUGAGCUUCAAUCUCAGCUGGAGCAAGACCAGGACCAGAACCAGGAGGAGGUGACAAAACCUAGUGACUCCGCGCCAUCAUCUUCAGCUGAAGAUGAUCAGUUUAGGCAAAAGAUUCCGGAAAUGAUCGUAAUCCGUGUGCCGGAUGUCGUGGUGGAAGCGGCUGCAGUUGCUGCUGCUGCUGCCGGCGUUGCCGGCUCCGGUGUUUCGACUGACUUCUCCGAUUCCGUCGUCGUAAGCUCCCCGGGGCCACGAUCUUCUUCGACGUAG